AUGGAACCUCCUGUUGUGGUUGAUCCUCCAGUUGUAGUAGAGCCUGCUGUAGUUGAUCCCCCAGUUGUGGUCGAUCCUCCAGUUGUAGUCAAGCUACCUGUUGUGGUUAAUCCUCCAGUUGUAGUGGAGCCUCCUGUAGUUGAUCCCCCAGUUGUUGUGGAACCUCCUGUUGUAGUCGAACCACCAGUUGUUGUGGAACCUCCAGUUGUUGUUGAUCCACCAGCUGUUGUUGAACCUCCAGUUGUACUUGAACCACCAGUUGUUGUGGAACCUCCUGUUGUAGUCAAAACACCAGUUGUUGUGGAACCUCCAGUUGUUGUUGAUCCACCAGCUGUUGUCAAACCUCCAGUCGUUGUUGAUCCAGCAGAUGUUGAUGAACCUCCAGUUGUUGUGGAACCUCCUGUUGUAGUCGAACCACCAGUUGUGGUUGAUCCUCCGGUUGUGGAGCCUCCUGUUGUGGUCGAUCCUCCAGUUAUGGAACCUCCUGUUGUGGUUGAUCCUCCAGUUGUAGUAGAGCCUGCUGUAGUUGAUCCCCCAGUUGUGGUCAAUCCUCCAGUUGUAGUCAAGCCACCUGUUGUGGUUAAUCCUCCAGUUGUAGUGAAGCCUCCUGUAGUUGAUCCCCCAGUUGUUGUGGAACCUCCUGUUGUAGUCGAACCACCAGUUGUUGUGGAACCUCCAGUUGUUGUUGAUCCACCAGCUGUUGUUGAACCUCCAGUUGUACUUGAACCACCAGUUGUUGUGGAACCUCCUGUUGUAGUCAAAACACCAGUUGUUGUGGAACCUCCAGUUGUUGUUGAUCCACCAGCUGUUGUUGAACCUCCAGUUGUAGUUGAGCCACCAGUUGUAGUGGAACCUCCAGUUGUUGAGUCACCAGUUGUGGUCGAUACUCCAGUUGUAGAUGAUCCACCAGUUGUUGUGGUACCCCCAGUUGUUGUUGAUCCCCCAGUUGUGCUCGAGCCACCAGUUGUUGUGGAACCUCCAGUUGUUGAGCCACCAGUUGUGGUUGAUCCUCCAGUUGUGGAGCCUCCUGUUGUGGUUGAUCCUUCAGUUGUAGUUGAUCCCCCAGUUGUGGUCGAUCCUCCAGUUGUUGUCAAGCCACCUGUUGUGGUUGAUCCUCCAGUUGUAGUGGAGCCUCCUGUAGUUGAACCAAUAGUUGUUUUGGAACCUCCUGUUGUAAUCGAACCACCAGUUGUGGUUGAUCCUCCAGUUGUGGUCGAUCCUCCAGUUGUUGUUGAUCCUCCAGUUGUACUUGAACCACCAGUUGUUGUGGAACCUCCUGUUGUAGUCGAAACACCAGUUGUUGUGGAACCUCCAGUUGUAGUUGAUCCCCCAGUUGUUGUUGAUCCUCCAGUUGUACUUGAACCACCAGUUGUUGUGGAACCUCCUGUUGUAGUAGAAACACCAGUUGUUGUGGUACCUCCAGUUGUUGUUGAUCCACCAGUUGUGGUUGAUCCUCCAGUUGUAGAUGAUCCACCAGUUGUUGUUGAACCUCCAGUUGUGCUCAAACCACUAGUUGUUGUGGAACCUCCAGUUGUUGAGCCACCAGUUGUGGUCGAUCCUCCAGUUGUGGAACCUCCUGUUGUGGUUGAUCCUCCAGUUGUAGUGGAGCCUCCUGUAGUUGAACCAACAGUUGUUGUGGAACCUCCUGUUGUAAUCGAACCACCAGUUGUGGUUGAUCCUCCAGUUGUGGUCGAUCCUCCAGUUGUUGUUGAUCCACCAGUAGUUGUUGCCCCUCCAGUUGUGCUUAAACCACUAGUUGUUGUGGAUCCCCCAGUAGUUGUUGAACCUCCAGUUGUGCUCGAGCCACCAGUUGUUGUGGAUCCCCCAGUAGUUGUUGAACCUCCAGUUGUUGAAGCUCCAGGUGUAGUUGAUCCCCUAGUUGUUGUUGACCCUCCAGUUGUUGUUGAUCCUCCAGUUGUACUUGAACCACCAGUUGUUGUGGAACCUCCUGUUGUAGUCGAAACACCAGUUGUUGUGGUACCUCCAGUUGUAGUUGAUCCCCCAGUUGUUGUUGAUCCUCCAGUUGUACUUGAACCACCAGUUGUUGUGGAACCUCCUGUUGUAGUCGAAACGCCAGUUGUUGUGGAACCUCCAGUUGUAGUUGAUCCCCCAGUUGUUGUUGAUCCUCCAGUUGUACUUGAACCACCAGUUGUUGUGGAACCUCCUGUUGUAGUCGAAACACCAGUUGUUGUGGAACCUCCAGUAGUUGUUGACCCUCCAAUUGUUGUGGAACCUCCAGUUGUUGUUAAUCCCCCAGUUGUGCUCGAGCCACCAGUUGUUGUGGAUCCCCCAUUGUUGAAGCUCCAGUUGUAG